CAUCUUCUUCUGGACUUUCAAAUACUAGUAGUCUAGAAGAAUAAUGAGGGUAUCUGGCACCGAGACUGCAACGAGGGUACUGUAUCUUUCAGGUUUUCCGGAGAAUGGGAGACACAAGCAAGGCUGGACGAAGGUGUCAAAAUUCAAAGGAUGGAUUGCCGUUUGGAGGCACGUUAGAUAUCUUCCAUCAAUCGCUAACCCUAAGGAGAUUAAGAUUGGAGGGAAAUUCAAAAAACUUGACACCGACAGACGGCACUCGGAAGCCGGCUCUCGCAGGCAAUGGAUCCACAAUCACAAAACUGGACCUGCAUCCAUCUACCAACUUCCUCCCCUUCCCUAUUCUAGCUAGAGCCAGCUAUCACCCCAAACAACUCUCUUCUCUUCUUGAUCUUUAGUGUUUGACUAUCAUGGCGACACGUCGUUCUACCCGUGAUCGCAAACCUGCGCCGUCCAUCUAUGAUGACUUCAAAGAGGAGCUCAAGCGCACGCCUCGAAAGACGCCAAGAAAGAGCAAUGACGACCAUGACAGCGAGGACGAAGACGACGACCAUUCGGGUUCGGACCACACCAGCCCCAAUAACAACCACAACAACACUCAUGCAAACAGUGACACGGAAACCAAAGAAGACACUACCAGCAGCGACGAAGAAUCGGAAGCUUCGGUGGCGCCCAAGAAAAAGCGCCAAAAAUCUCCAAAACGCGUCACGGUCCAAUUCAAAUCCAAUACGAAAAAGCGCACGACAAAAAAGAAACAACAACAACCUCCCGCAGCACCAAAGAGCAAGACCCGAGCUUUGGAAGCUUUGCGCAAACGGACACUCCAAAAAGAAGAAACACCCGACAAUUCCUUGACGGCUGCCAUUUUGAUGGCCGUCACUCCAGCUGCCAAAAAGGGCAAAAAGAAUACAGUGCCAGAUGACGAUACGCCCACUAUUCCACCCACACGCUAUCCCGAUGCUUUUGCACCCACCAUUUACACGCCCGUGUUGGAACCCAUUGCGCAAAGUGUCAUUGCUGUCUACAAACAAGACGCCAACAAGGCCCACAUUUCUUUACUCAAUUUGGUAUUUCGGACGGUCGGAGGCGCCUACACUACUCUUCUCCAAGAGGACCAAAUAUUGGAAGACAUGGACGACGAAACAUGGGAACAAGUUGUCACUAGUAUUGUCGAUGACAUGCGCCGCACGCCACCCGAUGCCAUUUUAUUUUCCGCCAACCCCCAAGGCGCUCUCUUGGAAUAUGCCAAGAAACACAAUGCCGCGCAAGAAGAAUUCCGACGCAUUCUCGAUCAUUUCUGGUAUCUCCUUGGGACACUCGCUUUGACGAGUGUCCAUUCCGCCAAUAACAAUACAGAGUCGUUUGACAUUGAAAUGGUCCGCGAUUUGGCCCAACGAUUGAUGGAAUUGAUUACCGUCGGACAACCCGAUUUGCGCGCGGCCGCAUCGGUGGCGGCGUUGCAAUUGGCAUGGGCGUGUUGCGAUGGGACACUCGCGUUGCAUUCGCGAUUGGCCACGGCACAGCGGCAAUGCAAAGCGGCCAAAAUGGCACGCACAGCCAAGAAAGAACAGGCAUUGCAGCAAGUGGUGGAAUCGAUUCAACGAUCGCUGUCCGAUCUCGAAGAGGGUGUUCUACAAUCGAUUGUGCAAUGCAUUUUUAUGCGACGCUACCGCGAUUCCGAUCCGCAAAUUCGAGCGUCUUGUCUCAAGGCCAUGCGACAAAUGUCAUUGGUACGACCGGAUCUGUUCUUGACGGAUACGUAUCUCAAGUAUUACGGAUGGAUGAUGUCCGACAAGGAAGCGGUAGUGCGGGUGGCGGCAUUGGAAGGACUGUUGGCACCGUAUGUGCGGGCCGAAGAGCAGGCGGAAAUGAGCGGUAGUAUCCACCCCCUACAAGUCAUUCAUCUCGGCAGUAUGGACAAGGUCGUGGAAAAGUUUCUCCACAACAUUUCCGAUCGGGUCAUUGAUCUGUCGACGGAUGUGCAGGAACAAGCUGUGCGGUUGCUCUUGGCGUUGAUGCGAAAUGGAGUCUUGGAUGAUGUCGAUGACCUCGAAGUUUGGAACAAAAUCAAUCUUCGGGCUCUGGCGCCGGAUACGUCUCCGGCGGUGCGACGAGAUGCCUUGUACUUUGUCUUGGAGCAAUUGGAAGCCUUCGACACCAACUCGCCGCUGCCCGAUAAUCUGUCCGUUCGUCGACGAUCCCUACAGAUUGAUUCCCUGGCCGCUUGGGUGGGACAUGCCCUGUCGGAUGGGAAUGUGCCAUUGGAUAACAUGCGCGUCCACUUGACGGAUUAUAUUGUCCAAUCUCUCAAGGACAUGCCGCGGCAUGCCCAUUUGACGACCGACUGGGGAGCCAUGUUGAAUGCCAUUCAGCACGAUACAGAGGCCGCUCAUCAGCAAUCGCAGCCACACCGGUCCACCAUUGCCAAACAGCGUGUCUUGCUUCACAUGUUGGUAUGCUGUGCCUCGUUGGCGUUUGAGGAUGAAAUCGAUGGAGGCGACGGCAACGACGACGAGGAACGACUGCUGGCGCUCGAGGACACGACCUUUGUCAAGGCACAGAAACAAAAGCUGCAGUCCUCCGCCACCCCAGGAACAGGAGCAGCCAGCCACGGGGGGAGCAAAAAGAAGACCAAGAAAAAGUCCUCGUCGAGCCACGAGAGUCUAACAGUUGGCCUGCUCAAGGCUCUUCCCCAGUUGCUGCUGGCUUUCAAGGGAGAUAUCACCAUGAUGCGGAGUUUGACUCGGCUGCCAAAGUUUCUCAUCAUCUCAGUGAUCACUCUUCCCCAACGCAAAGACGACGUCCAGACCUUGACGAAUCUGCUCGCUGAGAUAUUCAUGGAAGCGACAGACACGACCGUCCUCCAAAACAUUUGUAUGGCGCUGACGUUCCUUGCCAGAGGCAACCACUCGCGUAAUCAAGAAGCUUAUUUGAAGAUUCGAGAAGUCGCCAGAGACGUCCAAACUCGACUGUUCCAGCUCAUUGAAGGUGGAAAAAGUGCUCCCAAGAAGGAGGAUGACGAUGACGACAAAGAGAACCAAGAAAAUGACGAUGCCAGCAAUCGAGAAGAUGAUGCCUCAAGUACCGCGCGUCGGCCCCGGUCAUCCCGGGCGUCUCGAUCGGAUCUAUCCUCGCAGCAGAGUGGAGAUUCAUCGCCUGCUUCCCAGUCCGGCAGAUCCACGGUGACCGGCCAGACAUCAUCUCGCCGAAGCGAAGCAGGCAACGAGGACGAUCGUGAGAUGGACCGUCAAUAUUCCAUUGCUUUGUGUCUGUGUCGUCUCCGCGUCCUUUCCAAGAAAUGGUACCUCGGGGACCUGUUGGCCCAGGAAACGGCUCCAGGCCAGGACGAGUCGACCACAAUUGUGGAAAUGGAUCCCUGUGUCCAUCUCUGUUCCACUAUUGCCUCCAACAUCGCAAAGGAGUUGAACUUGCGUGAAAUCAUACUCGAUGAAGCCGACGAUGAUAGUGACGGAAGCAACAGACUGGACAUCCCCGAGUUCUGGCUGGAAGCCGAUCCUCGUAUCCACAAGACUGUUGCCCAAUCGAUCCGGGAAGGUCUGUAUGUGAUUUUGUCUCAGACCGCGUGGCGAUUCCACAACGCCAUCAACAAGGAAGAGUCCGCGAGAGACGUUCGUACGCGCAAGGCCCGAGCUGAAGAUGGUGGCAGCGACGACGACGAAAAGAGCGGAGACGACAACAUGGAAGUGGACGAUGAGACGGCGGAGGAGCUGGAAAUGGAAGCAAAAAUGAUUGUUCGAAUGCGUGAUGGUUUGGGUAAACUUUUGGGGAAGUGCUUUGAUCAAUUCCUCGAUGAGGCAGCGAAAGAGGAAGGGCCCAUGAAGGCUCAUUUCGCGUUUGCAACCAACAUCCAGCUCAGCGCCGGACAUGUGGCUGGUGACUUGAGAACCCUUUUCCCACGGGGUUUGGCCGAGGCUGCUUCGCCACUUCUUCGAUCAUGUUCGCUUGCUGAUGACAGCCAUCUGGUGGGUGGCUGUGUCCGUUUCUUCCGGUCAAAGGAAGAGUGUUUGGAUUCCCCCGUCAUGGGCAAGAUUAUGAAAGACUCGCUGCUGCUGCCUCUUUCUCGUGGCCUCUGCUCUGCGUGGGUCGGUGGGAACAGACGGGAAGCUGGCACUGCUCUGGCUCAUGUUGCCCACCCUUCCGCGGAAGUCACCAAGGCGGUUGCAGCACUAUCGAAAGUACUCAAGAAGGUGGAUCCUGUGCGCUUGUUGGAGUCUCACAUGGCCUCUCUUCGCCAGACCUUUUCUGACUGGAUGGACAGCGAACCAGAAGAACCCGAGAGCGACCUCCCAACGGAACAAGAAAUGGACGAGUUUGCGGCGGCAGAAGAGGAACACGAAGAGGCGUUCAAGCAGCUGGAACUCAAGGCCUCCCGUUUGGCAGCUUCGCUGGGAGUGGGGAAGCUUCGCGACGAAAAAAUGUACCCGGCACUGUUUGGUUUUGUGCGGGAAGGAAUGCGUUAUGCAUUCGGCAGCCCUGGUGGAGACGACGAGGAUGAGAAUGUUGGGAGUCGGUUGGCCUUUCUUCGCAUUGUGAUGAAGUAUCUCACUUGGAUCAAGCAGAAGAAGCAAAAAGUUCAGACUCUGCGCCAGUUCUUCGAGGAAAAGGAGUCAGAGCUCCGAGCCCACCCAGAUUUUGGGGAGAUUCGCGAAGAAGACGUAGAGGCAAUUGGCUUGGUGCGGAAGAAACUUGGGUUGGACCCAGAGAAGCCCACAAAGAAACGCAAACGCCGAUCGUCGGCUUCAACCCUUGACUUGGACGAUGACGGAGACUCGUUGUUGGGUACGCCUGGAUCUGGAUCUCGCCCACGUGUUUCAUAUGCUGGCAGUGUGUUGACCUUCCGGUCCAGCAACUUGUCACCGAUCGACGAAGUUGCCUCUUCCGGUGACGAUGAUGACAACCUUCCAAUUGGAGAACUCAAGAAGCGCAAGACCACAUCGUCGCCGGGGGCCAUCCUGGAGGAAGGGAGCGACGAAGAAAUGGAGGACGAUCGUGUUCCGAUCCAAGAUUUGAAGAAGCGGUUGACCUCUCCCAUGUCGCAGGCAACUAUUCAAGAGGGAGAUGAUGAAGAGGGGGAAUCCACGCAAGGUUCUGCCGCUUCUUCGGUGCCAUUGCAGACACAGUAGGUCUAGUCGCGAUUGUAGAAAGAGACUGGGGAAUUUAGUAAACGAGACUACUGAUUACUGAUCUACUGCUAUGUAUUAUUAAAUUUGUGCCCGCCUUGACUGGCUCGCUGGGUAGCUAGAAACCGCAUGCAAUCGUGGUGGCUCAGGAACACAGCCACCGCACUAGUCUAAGA